UUGAAAAUGGCGGCGACUCAAGCUCCGAAAGCAAACAGAGGUCAAGUGCAGGUUAUUCGCUCAUCUCUUCCUUAUGAAGUUCUUCUGUACUUAAAUGGAUGGUAUUUUGGAUUAUUCUUCGUAUGUGAAAUACUGCUGUUUGCAUACAAAGGGGAGAAUUUUCCUUAUGCCUCCGGAGUGCUGCCGGCAGAAAUCAUUCUGGUGUUUAUCCUUGCUGGGAUAGAAGCCCUUAGACUCUUCUUUGCGAGAAAAGGUAACCUCACAGAGAAGAUAAUUGGUGUGAUAGUCUCCAUAUUGCUCAGCGUUCCCGCUCUGCUUGGCGCGAUUUUCUAUUUGUACUGGCAGACGUAUGUGACGCGGGCGGACGUUAUUCUGGCGGCCAUACAGCUGGCCUUCAUUGGCCUCCAACUCGUGUUUGGUAUCAUCUCAAUCAUCACAUUUGCAAGAGCAACACCUUACUGAUGUCUCUGGGACAUGACUGAAUAUCUGAUUAGAUGUGGAACUUGCAGCAAAGGGAAGAAACUCCUCACAGCCAAUCUCAGCAAUUUUUUCAUGCAUACAGAGUUCCUUACCCUAUUCAUUUUAGAGAAAAUAGCAUAACAUGGUACUAUUCCCUAAACACUAUGUAUUAAAACUUGAUAUAAGCAUUGUUCAUUCUAGGUACGAGCAUGACAUUGUCAGUGUUGCUUUAGUCUUGAUUUGUGAAGGUGAAUAGAUUCAAAGAUGGAUCAGCCAUAUAGAACGAAUUGCAAUGAUUAUUUGAACCAAAAUUAAAACUAUUAAGGCUGUAUAUUACUUUGAGAUUCUACAUAAAUUUUCCUCGCAUUGACUCCAUUUGAUCAAGUCUUACUUACAGUUUCUCAAUCAAUUUGCGAUUUGAAUAAAGUAAGUCAUAACCAUUUGGGGGAAGAGUAUAUGCGCCGAUAAUGGAUUACUGUGGCCUUUAGUUUUAAAGAAUAAAAGCUGAAACCAAAUCAGAUGAACAUUUGAAGACUCUUUUGCAUUUUUUAAAUUUUUAUUUUGGAUUGGAUAUACUUGUAAAUUACAAGUUGUGAUGUACUUGUAUUAUUAUUUUGUUAGUGAUGGUGAAGUUUAAUAUCAUGGAAUUUAUUGCUAGUAACUAUACAUGUAGAUCUGAAAUUAUGUCAGUGCUUCUUAUGGUUGUGUACAAUUGUGUGACUAUGAUUGUAUGUACUUUGGUGAUUUAAUGUACAAAUAAUUAAUUGAAAAUGAAACAUUAACAUAUUUGACAUUUGAAUGGGAUCUGUUAAAACAAGGAUUUCUAAUCGGACAUGUAAGCAUCUCGUAAUGUACGUACAAAUGAGUUUGUCAUCAACUGUACAGGGAACCCUUUGACUUAAAUACCGGUACCUGUAGUCAUUUUAUUUCAUUGUAUUCAUGUGCAAGUUUAUGUUUCAUUGAGUGAUAUUUUAUAAGAAUAAUGCAUCAUACAUUUGGUGUUGUAGUGGAUGUGACUGCAGUGCUACAUCAGACAAAGUUAUUUUGUGUUGAUGUACACUUUUCAAUGUGAUAUCUCCUUGCUAGUUAUUUAUUUUAUAAUUGAAGAAUAAAAUGUUAUAUUAUGUAAAA